AUGGAGGAUACGAUUUCAAACCCAAGCAUGGAACCUCUCUUAUUCCCCGUUGACGAUCCAAUGUCUCUCCUACUCUCUCAGAACAACAACAACAAAAAUCUCUUCGGAUUCAUCAGAGGUCCCAGAUACGUUGAAUACGCGACGCUACGAGAAUCAAAGCUUCGGUUAAAGCGAGAGUACGAGACGAUACUAAAAGAAGAAGAAGAGAGGUUCCUCGGCUGCGGAGACAAGAAUCAAACGAGGUUCGGUUUCACAAGAGAAGACAAUAAAAUUAGGGUUUCUCCAGAGAAAAAGACGAGAUUUGGUUUUAAAUAUAACAACCCUAAUCCGAGGAGAAUGUCUUCUUCCUCGUCGUGUUCGUUGGCUCAGUCAGUUCCUGACUUCUCUGCAAUGAUUCGUAAAGAGAAUCGCCGCCCGGUUAACUCGAAUUUGCUUCCGAGGAGAACUGAUCUCACUCCGCCUCCGAAAAGCAGAAACGGCGCCGUUUUUGGAUCGGUUUGUUCCACUAGAGGGAGUAUGAGUGCGGGAGGGGAUAAGAAGAGGAUGGGGAUGUCGCGUAAGAGCUACGCUAACGUUGAAGAUCUGAAGAAAGUAGCCAAGGCUGCUUCUUCUGCUAUUAAUGGCGGCGGUGGAGGAGGAGGAAGGAAAUCAAUAGGUGGUGGUGGUCGGACUAUUCUAGGUUUCAGACAAAUCUAUUGA